GCAAGAAUAAAUAAUUUAAAAGUAAUGCCAUUAUUACAAGUUUAUGGUCAUCUAGAAUAUGUACUUAAAUUAAAAGAAUUUAUGCAUUUACGCGAAGAUAGACGAUAUCCACAAGUUAUUACACCAUGUCUUGAAGAAAGUUAUAAAUUAAUAUUUGAAAUGAUUGAUCAAAUGUUAUCUGUACAUCCAUCUAUUCCAUAUCUUCAUAUGGGUUGUGAUGAAGUUUAUUAUCGUCUAGUUCAUCCUCAAUGUGUUAAUCUACACUUUCGUGAUGAAGCCGAUCUUUUUAUCAGACAUGUAACUCGUGUUGCUAAAUAUAUUAAAUCAAAACAUCCAAAUAUUAAACUAUUUAUAUGGCAUGAUAUGCUCUCACAAAUAGUUAACUCAGGUUAUAAUAAUAUUACAGAAUUAGUUGAACUUGUCGUGCCGAUGGUAUGGACAUAUGUUGAUGAUGUUAAAACUUGGUUCGAUGAUAGAUUUUGGAUGGGAUUUUCAAUGUUUCAUGAAGUUUGGGUAGCCAGUUCAUUUAAAGGUUCAUCUGGUGAAAUAACAACAAUGAGUUAUAUUGGUCAUCAUCAACGUAAUCAACAAACUUGGCUUGAGGCUAUGUAUACUGCAUCAUUUCGACAUCGAGUUAAUUUCACUGGUAUUGCUGUUACUGGUUGGUCUCGAUAUGAUCAUAUGCUUUCAUUAUGUGAACUUCUACCAUCAUCUAUACCAUCACUUACAUAUGCAUUACAAACAAUUGUGUAUGGUCAUAUAAAUAAUACACAAAAUGUAACUAUUUCAAGAUCAUUAUUAGGAUGUGAUCGAACACCAUUAUGGGAAAAAUCAGCAGAUAUUAAUUUUAUAUCUUGUUCAUUUCCAGGUCAUGAAAUGUAUGAAAUGAUGUAUCAAUAUGAUGGACUUACACAUGUAUAUGAUGAAACAAUGUCAUUUGUACGUUUAUAUGUAACAGAUAUUCAUCUUCGUCAAAAUUAUAUACAUUAUAAACGUAGUCAAGAAUGUUUACAACGAUUAUAUUCUUUAGAAGAUCAAAUGAUUUAUUUUAUUGAUUCAUUUCAACGUAUUUGUUUAAAAUUUUUUACGCCUGAUAUUGGUCCGGAAUGGUUACAAACAUAUUUUAUGAGAAAAUUAAAAGAAGUACAAAAUCGUGUAAAUUUUAUUGAACGUACAUUAAAAACACAAACAUCAUGGUUACAACGUCCAUUACCAAAUAAUACGGCACCUAUUGCAAUUAAACGAAGAAAUUUUACAAUUAGUAGUUUAUUAUAA